AUGUGUCCGUCCGGGGCCGCGACGGCGGGGCGGAAGCGCAAAGGUGCGUCCGGUCGCCCACCCACCGGCAGCAAGCGCCGGCGGGCCCCUGAACCGGCGCAGGAGGCCAGCGGCUGGGCCUCUCUCCCGACCGACAUCGCAGGCCUCGUCUCCGGGCAGUUGCUGGCCGAGGACGUGGUGGACUACCUCACCUUCCGCGCCGUCUGCUCGGGCUGGCGCGCCAGCACGUCCGACCUGGGCAUCCUCGCCCUGAGCAAACCGGAGCCCCGCCCGCACGGCUGGAUCGCGCUCUGCGACGGAGACGGGGCGCCCCUGGACGGUGCCGGCGAGAUCACCUUGUUCAACACGCGCACGGCGCGGCGCCUGCGCGUCCGCCUCCCCGACCUCCGGUGCCACAGGGUCGUCGGCUUCACCGACGGCCUCGUCAUCCUGCUGCACAAGCGCACCACCGCCGUCCGCGUGGUCCACCCCUUCACCCUCGCCACGGUCCAACUCCCGCCCCUCGCCCCUGCCUUCCGCAGUGCGAUUAAGGACCGAGAAGCUGUGUUCAGCAUGAGCGCCUUCGUCUGCUCUUCACCUACGGCCCCCUUUUCAGUGGUGGCCCGUUUCCCUUAGAGACCCAUGGUGCUCUGGACACAGCCAGGCCGGCUGAGGUGGGAGGUCAUUCACCAUGGCAUGGUGGAGCUUCAGAACUUCUUGCCCUUCCAAGGCCUGCUCUUCGCCAUCACCAAGUGGAGGGAGGAGAUAGUAAUGGUGUACCCUCCACGCAAAAUCUCCAUGGCCUACUCUUCGCUAGCCGACCCGUCGAUAUGCCGCGAGUACCUCCUGGAGGUUGCUGGGCGGAUGAUGCUCGUGCUGCAGCAUGGAAACGAUGACAGGGCAUGCCCAAAGUAUGCCUUCAGGAUCUUCGAGGUGGACAUCUGGCGCCAGAAGCUGCUGCCCAUCUGCAAUCUUGGUAGCCGGGCUUUGUUUCUCAACACUGACAGAUGCCUGUGUGUCCCGACCAUGAGCUUGCCAUCUCUCUGCAGCAAUUCGGUUUAUUUCUCUCUGCCAAGCAGCCCCGCUGUGAUGCAGUCUCUGUCGAGUGGGUUGUCCGAGGACCUGGCGGCGACGUGCCAGAUACACGACAUGAAGGAGAAGACUCGCCCGUCUGUGCGACCUUUCACCAUUGCUGAUCAUCUUCUCACGUAUUGCAAUCAUAUGGAGUGGGCGAGGGGGCUCAUGUUUCGUGAGUACCACUAUAUACCAGACUCAUUCCAGGAACUAAAGAAGAAAAUAAAGGUCUUCUCAAGUGCACAUUCCGCGUACUGGAACAGGAGGUUCAAAGGCAAAACGUUGCCAUAUAUAAUCAAGUGGAAAACAAAACUUUCUUCACAGACAGGCUUCUGGCUGAUUGUUGUUUUCAUGAUGAAGUCCCAUUAUGUCAAGUUUUUGAAUUAUUCCCCAUGUUUCUACGGGCCUGUUUAUCUCAAUGUAGUCUUGCUCUUUAAAAAUUCCCUGUUCUCUUGACGAAGUGGAGUCAUUUCUAGCAGACACUAGCCAUACCCGCGCGGCGGCACGCCGCGCCCCGUCGACACUGUAUGUGUGUACACUAUUUUUUGGCCCGGUUCUUGUAGUAUCUGCUCUAGAAGGUACAUUCUUUUUUUAAAAUAUCCAGUGCUUGUUUUUUUAUAUGGGCCGAAAAAAGGCUAAAGUUUAAAAUGUCGCAUAGAGUCUAAAUUGUCAGAAAAGAUGUUGGCUAGAAAGGUUGGAACAUUUUAAUAGUAAGGGUGUUUUCUGUUGUGUAAUUUGGGAAAACUUACAACCAAGUCGCCUCUUUUUUUUAGUGUCAUAAGAAUGUAAAUGGAGGUAACAAUUUUUACAGGGAGUACCAAAAAUGACGGUACUUAUUUAUAGAUAGUUGAACUUGCUAGUGAAUUAUUUUAAUAUAGAACAUAGGUGUGAUGUAAAGAAAAAAGUGAUGUUCUUUGGAAGAGAAUAACAAUGAAGUACACUAUGUAGACAUGUAAACAUUACACUGAUGGAUAAAUCAUGCCUAGUAAAACAGAACAUGAAUUUAUCCGGUUAGGUACAUACAGCACAUUACAUGAAUAAAAAAGAUAAUUUUUUUUGUCAUGAUACUAAGUCGACGGUCUAUAACAUCCCAUUGGGGCUCCCUACUGCGAUAGUGUUGUGCUUGGGCAAAUUUGUUGGAGCUGGACAUGGUUAAGUGAGAUUAAGAUAUGCAUCCCGAGUCUUCCAAAGAGAAACUACCAAAGAGGAUCAGACGCAUGGCAAAAAAAGAAAA